AUGUUUCGCAAGGCUCUUCGGAGAAUCCACCGUUUCAAGGAGACAAAUCAGGCAAUCCCACAGAACGAAAAUCAGGACGCUGAUGACAGACAUGUCCCGACCCAGUCCGUCCCCUUCCAGCGCCCAACAGCCAUUACCAGUGCCCAAAGUCUGCCUAACGCAGUUCUCGAAGAUAACUUGCUCGAGUCUGAAAAGAAUUUGAACGAGAGAAAAAUCCAAAAGGGAUCUAAUCUGGGGGUGACAGUUUUGUAUGAGCCUCCCGCAGGCUUAGCGCCGAUUGUCGACAUUGUUUUCGUUCACGGGUUAAGAGGCAAUUCCUUUGGCACAUGGCACUACGGCCAGGAUAGUGGACUUCACUGGCCUAGCGACCUUCUUAAAGUUGACAUCCCUGAUGCGCGAAUACUUAGUUUCGGUUAUGAUGCAGCUGUCCUGCAUUGGUGGAGUCCCGCCUCACGAAACAGCAUUGGAAACCACGCCCAGAAUCUCUUGGGAUCAGUCGUGCGCCUGCGAGAGAAGACCAACACAGAAGACCUAGCCUUAGUCUUUGUCAUGCACAGCCUAGGAGGGCUAGUGGUUCAGAAUGCUCUGGAUCUGUCACGGUCAAGCCCAGAGGUCCAUCUUAACAGUCUGGAGUCAAGCACAGUGGGGUUACUAUUCAUGGGUACACCGCACUUUGGAUCGAACAAAGCUCGCUGGGGUGGCUAUUGCACAGCUGUGGUGAGCCUAACGUCCAGUCCCAACAAAAACAUAAUAGAGGUCCUGGAGCGCGAUUCAGAGAUGCUGGCUACCAUUCAGCACAAGUUCCACGAGAUCCUGAGGCUUAGACAGGCCAAGAGUAGGCCGAUAAACAUUACCUGCUUCUACGAGGAGCUUGCCUCGCCUAAUAUUGGCAUGGUUGUAGAAUGUAGCUCUGCCAUACUUCCCGGAUACCCCAGCUAUGGUAUUCACGCCGACCAUAAGGGUAUGACUAAAUAUACUAGCUCCCAUGACAAGGGAUACGAAGCAGUGGCGGGAGAGCUGAUCCGCUGGGCGAAAGAUACAAGAGCGAUACUUUCGCGACUGGGGGAGCUGGAGCAAGAGUGUCUUCGCUGCCUUUAUUUCGACGGCUUAGAAUCCCGCGAAGAAAGCAUUGGGCCACCCCUUGCGGGGACUUUUGCUUGGAUCUGGAAUACUGAGCAGUGCAAGUUUGUCGACUGGUUAAAAAGCGGCAGUGGCCUGUAUUGGAUAACUGGGCGAGCCCUAUCUGGGAAGUCGACGUUAUUGAAGUACAUAACCAACACGACACCAGACGAAAUCAGAAAGAAAGGCCUGAGGAAGAACCCCAUCGUCGCGUCAUAUUUUCUCGGAGGGCAAACCCAACAUCCGCUUGGAUCUACACUGGAGGGUAUCGCUCGAGCUCUGCUUUGGCAGAUACUUCGGAAGGACCAUCGAUAUUUCGACUCCAUACUGCCUUAUUUCCAAGACAUGAAGCAGUGCCGAUCAAAUUUGGACUGGAAGCCGAGCGUUCUAUACGAAAUACUGCUUCAGGUAUUGGCGCAAAAGCAUAGCCGUCCGUUAUGGAUCUUCUUAGACGGUUUAGACCGGUACCCUGGCGAUCUGAUCGAACUGGCCGACGUGUGUACGAAGCUUGCCGGGGCCGCCAGCAAAAAAGUCCGCAUAUGUAUCUCUAGUCGCCCAGAGCAAGAGUUUUCGUGCUCAUUCGACGCAACACUUGCCUCUGAGGAUGCUAUUCUAAAGCUAGAGGAUCAUACUCAAGGCGACAUUACCAUGUUUGCUACAGCAGAGAUAUCCAGACUCUCCAACCUUCUGGACGGCUCUAGUAGGACAAGGUUAAUAAAAAGUAUAUCGGCAAGGGCCAAUGGCCUAUUUAUGUGGGUCAAGUUGGCCAGCCGUGAUGUUGUUCAAACCUGUAUAUCUGGAGUGGGAGAUGAUGCCGAUAAGCUACUCCGUUGUCUGGAUAAUCUCCCCGACGAGAUAACAGAGCUUUAUCUUGAGAUAUUGAAGAAGCAAAAGAAACACCGCGACUUGGCCUUGCGGUUACUUGGCGUGGUAGAGUUUGGAAAGAGAAGCUUCACAUUGCGGGAGUUCGCUUUCAUACUCAACCCUGGAGAAGGCUUCCCGACCGAGAAGGAGAUCAACUCUUUGCGCCGUCAAUGCGACUCGAUAACUGGCGGGCUACUCGAAUAUCGAAACGGUCGUGUUUCAUUUGCUCACGAAACCGUUUCGAGCUUCAUUCGAACUUUAUUGGACGACCCGAUGUACUCCAUCCAUCUCCUCAAAGGCUGCCUUGUUCUGGGACAGGCGUGUAUACUUCUUUUAGAGUCAUUCGAUCUGCCAAAGGAGACUAAACAUAUGCCAAAGCUAAUCGACAGGGUCGGUUAUAGGCUUCGAGAAUUGAGAAGCUACUCGAUCCAACACUGGUUGCACCACCUAAGCUACUGUGCAGUUAAAGGGUUGUUUUCUGAUGAAAUCUCGGAUAUUUCUGUCUGCAAUAGGCAUACCGCACACUGGCAUAUGGUGCGCCUUGCUCAAUAUUGGGACCACCAUUCAUCGGAUAAGGUAUCAAAUAGUCCUAUCACUACGACAUUGGCGUUCCUAUUCCGUUCGGUAAUACCUCUGGGUAUCUUUACUUCCCAGAGCGUAGAAAUACAGGAUCCUAUGUCAGAAGCACUACAAGUUCCACUGUCAAGUUUUGGGGAGUGGAAGAAGCAGGAUCUUGAAUAUAUCGUUUCAGUAGAGUUUGCACCGGGCUAUCUUGUUUCCUUCCAUGCUGGAAAGAUUCUCAGGGCCAGAGUGGCGCAGAUAACUUGCAAGGUCCGUUUCCCAGACGAGGUGUUUCAACAGGAGCAGAUUGAAGUCGAGGAGAAUAAUGAUUGGAUUCGAGCAUUUCUUAAUUCUUCUGGUGCUGGAACAUUCGAUAACCCCAUUCACUUUAGACGAAGCCCGUCUUCAGGUCUUGAUGGUAUCAGCGGUCACAAGAAGGACGUUUCGGUCAAGACAUCUCUAUUCACUCAGAUUCAGAUUGUUCUUUGGCAUUACAUCCAGACUCAGAAGGAAUAUUUGAAGCAUUCGGGGAUGACAUCUCGUCAGCUCAGUCACAAGGUUACUGAUGAAAGAAUGGAUUUCCCAACGCCACUACACUAUGCUGCAUUUCAUGGCCUUGAUGAGGUAAUCGAGGUACUGCACGAAUAUGGCGCAAACUUGAGAUCCAUCUCAAAUGAUUCGCCUUUGGGAACACCUCUUCUAGCGGCUAUAUGGGGACUCAGUGGGAAGCGUUAUGUCACUCCCAGAAUUGCGGCGAUCGAGACCCUGAUACGUUUGGACUCAACCAAAGGGACCAUCGAAAUGAGCGCAACCUGCGCAUCUCUGGGAAACGUCACACCCCUGGAUGCAGCUGUCAGGCUGUACACGGGCUAUCGAAGGCGUGUCGGGUUAGAGUCUGAUGAGCUCCGGGAAGUCAUUCUUCUUCUCCUUGAGGAGGCUGCCAUGGUCGAUGCUGCAACGCGAGCGAUUGCAAGAUCCAGUCGAAAGCUAAGGAGCCACUUUGACGAUAGCUCACGCGCUAUGUUUUCAUCUUGGGUGUCCCAGCUCCCAGGUUCCUUGCCUAUACCUAUCACUAGCCAGAAGCUGGCUAGGAAUCCGGCGAAUGCAACUAUAGGUGGUCUCAGGGGAAAUGUGACAUAUAGUACUAGAGGGACUCGGUUAGUAUAG